GGAGGCUAUCUUGACCGCAGUUUUAAUGGCGGUCGGCAAAUGGCGUUUAGGUGCAUAAUCGCCACCUACUGAAGUCAGGAUUAGGGUUUCAGGCCAGGGAUAGGGUUUAAAGACAGUGUUAGUUCAAAACGUAUACGUAAAGUAAAGUAUUGUAUAAUCAUUAUUUGCCCGGUGGCAUUUUGUUUAACACAACGUCACAUGCACUUUGUCUUCCAAGCUGGAGGUGGCAGCCAAGUCCCUCCCGUUUUUCCGUCUGCCUGUCACCGCUGUUGACAAUCAUCGAAGAAGAACAGGACGCCGAAGUAUGAUCAUGCGUCAAUUUUCAGCAUGGGUACGCAAGUGAAAGACGUCUUCAUUAGCCCUGACGCCCCCCACACUCUUCUGCUGGACAAACAUGCAGACUACAUCGUUGCAUACGGCUCCAAAAAGGACGACUAUGAGUACACGCUGUCCGAGUACCUGCGCAUGAGCGGCAUCUACUGGGGUCUGACGGUGAUGGACCUGAUGUCUCAGCUGCCCCGCAUGAACCGGCAGGAGAUCGUGGACUUCAUUACGGCGUGUCAGCACGAGUGCGGCGGCGUCAGCGCCAGCAUCGGCCACGACCCGCACCUGCUCUACACACUCAGCGCCGUGCAGAUUCUGUGCUUGUACGACUGUGUGGAUGCUUUGGACGUAGACAAAGUGGUGGAGUACGUCAAAGGGCUGCAGCAGGACGACGGCUCCUUUGCAGGAGACAAAUGGGGAGAAAUCGACACAAGAUUUUGCUUCUGUGCAGUGGCCACCCUUUCAUUGCUGGGCAAGAUGGACGCCAUCGAUGUGGACAAGGCGGUGGAGUUCGUCUUGUCCUGUAUGAACUUCGACGGCGGUUUCGGCUGCAGGCCCGGCUCAGAGUCUCACGCCGGUCAGAUUUACUGCUGCACGGGCUUCCUGUCGCUGACGGGCCAGCUGCACCAGCUCAACGCCGACCUGCUGGGGUGGUGGCUCUGUGAGAGGCAGCUGCCGUCGGGGGGCCUCAACGGGCGGCCCGAAAAGCUUCCUGACGUUUGCUACUCCUGGUGGGUUCUGGCUUCCCUCCGGAUCAUCGGCAAGAUCCACUGGAUCGACAAGGACAAGCUGCGCUCCUUCAUCCUGGCCUGCCAGGACGAGGAGACGGGAGGCUUCGCCGACCGGCCGGGCGACAUGGUGGACCCUUUCCACACGCUGUUCGGAAUCGCCGGCCUCUCCCUGCUGGGCGACGAGAAGAUCAAGGCGGUGAAUCCCGUGCUGUGCAUGCCCGAGGACGUGCUGCAGAGGCUCGGCCUGAAGCCGGAGCUCCUCAGCUAGCCCCAUCUUAUGCUAACCUGUGCUAGCGUCUUAUACUCGCACAGUGAACAUUCCUGUAUGCGGUGACUUGGUCUGAUGAUUAGUUUAAGAGGAAACUUAUCAUGAAACGUUGUUUAAAUCCUACAACACACUAGGACUUGUUUCUGACACCUUACCUAAAGCAGCUGACCGACGCAGAUUAUAUGGUUACUUAAAUGAUGAAAUGUGACCUGAGCGCCCCAUUUUAUCUUGUCUUUUGUCCAAAAUCAUUUAGUGUGAAUAUGAAUAUGUAACUUAUUUGUUUUAUUUAGCAAUAAAUCUCAGAUGUUCUCCUCA